AUGACUAGCAAUGGAAGAAGGAAAGACCUGAACCAGAUCCAAAAAUGGCUCCAAGGCCAGAAACCCAAAGCCCACACUAUGAAGGAUGUCUCUCCUUUCCUUCGCAAUCUAGAGAUUGCCCUGGAUCAGCGUCGCGCCGACCACAGUCUCUUGACACUACACAAGUUUGAGCACGAGGUGGAUUUCUCUUCCAACGACUUCCUUUCACUUGCCACAUCGGGCCUACUCCGAGAGGCCUUCUUGGAGGAAUUGGAGCGCAAUCCAGACUUUGCUGUUGGGAGCACAGCAUCGCGAAUUUCGGAUGGUAAUAACAAUUACUUGGAAUCUACGGAGCAACAGAUUGCCGAGUUUCACGGUGCCCAAGCUGCUCUUCUUGUGGGAUCUGGAUAUGACGCCAACUGCGCUAUAUUCUCAGCUGUGCCCCGCCCUGGAGAUGCUGUUGUUUACGAUGAGUUGAUCCACGCAAGUGUCCAUGAUGGCCUCAAGUCCAGCUUGGCAUCAACACAGCUACCAUUCAAGCACAACAGCGCUGAAGGCUUGCGAGAAGUACUCGUCCAUCUCAAAAAGUCACAGCCGUUGAUUCGGGAUGGCUCACGCUGCGUUCUUGUGGCCGUCGAGUCAGUCUACAGCAUGGACGGUGAUGUCACGCCGCUUGUCGAGAUUGUUGAAGUUGUCAAGGAUGUUUUCCCAGCUGGCAAUGCUCAGGUCAUCAUUGACGAAGCGCACAGCACGGGGUUGCUUGGGAAGAAGGGGCGUGGCCUUGUUUGCGAGUUGGGAUUGGAGAAAGAAGUUGCCAUACGUCUGCACACUUAUGGCAAAGGAUUGGGAGCCACUGGGGCGGCCAUCCUUGCCAGUCCGAGCGUGCUCGAUACGCUCCUCAACUUCGCCAGGCCUGUCAUCUUUACAACAGCGCCCUCUUUCCCCAUGGUAGCAGCGAUCCGGGCGGGAUAUGAGCUCAUGGUGAGCGGCAAAACUAUAAAGCUCCAAGAACGUGUUCAGUACCUUGUGAGAAUGUUUUGCGACAUAAUCAUGGAAGAUGACGUGUGGCAGGAUGCUGUUGAUGCCGGCAUAUGCAGUAUACCAGUAAGCGAAGGCGUCGAGUCUCGGCCUUUUGUCACGCAAUUCCUUCCUGUGUGGACGCGGCAGGGCCAGAAUUACUUUCUUACCAUGCAUCUGCACCGAGAUGGCUUCAAUGCGACUCCGAUAGAUCCGCCCGUCGUGCCAAGAGGAACAGGGCGAGUGAGGCUGAUUGUCCAUGCGGGAAACACGGAGGAACAGGUGCAGGGCCUCGCGGCAUCUGUGAUCCAAUGGGCUCGGGAGAUGCUUGAGAUCCAGGGUGGUGAGACUGAGACGGCCCGUAAUGUGGUCCCGAGUGCCAUGAAGGAGGUGUACCAGCUUGCUCAGGCGGCAGAUGUUAAGGAGUUGGACCCCCACAGAAUGGCAGUCAACACUUUUGACAAUAAUGUUGUCGUUGGGCUUGAAGGCCGCAUCGACCAGCUGGAAAAGAACAUGUCCGAUAUCAAAGAGAUUCUAACAAAAUUGGAUUCUAAAGUUGGUGAUACCUCAUUCUUCACCCCAGCAACUUGGCUUGCAGAGUCAACUGCACCAGACCUGUCAACGCAUACCUCUGUCUCAUCAUCUUCGACACCUUCAUCGCACUCUCGCCGCGCGGCCAUGCGACCUGGCCGAUUCCGUCUUAUCCACCGCGCUGAUGGCUCGCAGCAAUAUGUUGGACCAACUUCAUUGGACUCAUUGAUUAAUGAGUUUACUUGGUCCGUAGUGACGCCGCUAUGCCAAUCCCAUCUUCAGCAUAGUCUAUCUCAGGAUCAGCUCAUUUUUGCGCGGGAUAGGCUUUUUGCAGUUGUUGGCUUGACAGAAUCGUAUCAGUCUGUCAAGGACUUGUCUGCAACCGCAAUCCCACCCUUGGGAAUCCUUGAGCCAAUGAUUGAUCCGUACUUUGAUAACAUCAACCAACUUCUACCUAUCUGGUCAAAAGAUCGGUUUAGAGAGUUCAUUGCGAGUUCGCAACUCGAAAUCACAGGUCUACCACGCACAGCCCACAUGACAUGCUUCAACAGCCUUGUCAUCUUGAUUCUCACCACCAAGUUGGCGUCAGUCUCAAGACAAUCCGAAACAUCAAUGCCCGGUUGGGGAUCCACUAACCUAGAUCUUGUCAAAUACUUUUUGAAAAACGCAAUGCGAGCUGUCGACAACAUUUACGAGCUCAUGACACUACACCUGAGUAACGUCCAAGCCCUGCUCUACCUGCAUUUGGUUGCACAAAUCCAUUGGGGCCCGGAACGUGCGAGUCUGUUUCUCAACUUAGCAUCCGCAGGAGCCAAGCAGUUGGGACUAUACCAAUGGGACUCUUCGCAGGGAUAUACCCUCCAAGAAGCUUCAGAACGGCAGAGGGUAUUCCUAUGCCUAUAUACUCUGGAUAAAUCGCGAUGCUGGGUCGACGGGCAUCCACCACACGUGCCAUUGUGGCGCCCAGAUGCUUGCUUGUCCCUCCAAGCUAUCGACCCUGUCCUAGUAGCUCGGGCCAGGCUAAGUCAGAUUGAGGAAAAGAUCUUCAUGAAGCUCUACUCGGAUACUUCCGGAGAUCAGACGACCAAGCAAACGGAGCAACUUGUUGCUAGUCUCUCUCAAGAACUGCGGAAGUUUGAAACUGACCAUGCAUUCAAUGAUUCUGUGGACCAGAAGUUGUCCUUUGUGGAGGUGGAGCUGAAGAUUGUGGCAUGCGCACUUGGAGGCUUUUUGUAUUGGAAAGUCGGUGCGGAAGAUGCGUUGAUGACCACUUCAACACGAUGCAUAUCUUUAUUUAUUACACUCUGGGAACAGGAUGCUGAGUUCGGCAAUCAUCUCACCGUCAUCCGGCUUUUAGUGGGCUAUGCCUCUUUGAGCUUCUUCCAGCUCUGCUCUUUUGUCUUACUCAACCAUACUGCGGGCUCCGCGGACCCCGCGAUCAAGGUCUUGGCUUCAUUCCUCGCCAUGUUACAAUCCAUCUCUCAUAUAGCCGACACAAACAUACCGAUCAAGAAGCUGACUGAGACCGGAGAGAUUGUCCUGGGUCUUUGCUCUAGCCAAUCUGCCAUAAGAGUAGAGGAGUGGUCUGAGCUGUUGCACGGCGAUCAUAUUGUUCCGAGUCACGGCUCACUGCUCCGAAUGGACCAAUCUCUCAAUGAUAUGGACCCAUUAUCCAUGACACUGACGUCGGCACCUAUGAUAAGCACGAUUGCCGGCAUGUCCGCCCCGACGCACAGUUUCGGAUUUGAGAAUUCUCCGAGUUUGCUUCCUUAUUUGGAUGCGAGAAUGUUUACAAUGAGUGACAGCUCGGACAGCAGCUUCGCAGAUUUGGACUUGCAGAGAUGGGCUUCAGAAUUACAAGGUAGUGGGAAGGGCAAAUUGUAA